AGCUUCUAAAGUUGGAAGGUGUAUAAAACGCUUGCGUGUACAAAAGUGAGAUAGCGAACAAGUUGGAGAGCUUCUAGUAGUAAAAACAGUGAAGAGAAAAGAAGAGAGAAACAGCGCAAAAUAUGGAGAAAAGGCGAGCGCCAUCAGGCGGGAGACCGCGGCUGUAGGGGUGGUCUGUCAAUCCCCUCAGCUUAUCUUUCUUUAAAUUACUUGAAAAAAUGGUCAUGAUGGCUGGCAUGGACGAUCACGAGCGAAAAAUAGUUCUAGAAUUUUGUCAUUUGCUUGAAAAAAGCAAGCAAUUAUUUAAUGGGCUGAGGGAUUUGCCGCAGUACGGCCACAAACAGUGGCAGGCAUACUUUGGCCGUACAUUUGACAUUUACACUAAACUUUGGAAGUUUCAGCAACAGCAUAGACAAGUGCUCGACACAAAGUACGGCUUGAAACGUUGGCAAAUAGGCGAGAUUGCUAGUAAAAUUGGUCAGCUGUAUUAUCACUACUACUUGCGAACGAGUGAAACAAGUUACUUACAUGAAGCUUAUUCAUUUUAUGCAGCGAUAAGAGGACGUGCUUAUUACAGUCGUGCAGCAAAAGAAGAUCGUAGUGAUUUAAUGGUGAAGAAGCUUAGGUAUUAUGCUCGAUUUAUUGUUGUCUGUUUGUUACUGAACAGAAUGAAGCUCGUAAGGGAACUUGUACAAGAGCUUGACGCCCAAAUUGCUGACUAUACGAGUACUUACGAGCCUGAGGACCAAGUCGAGUGGAAUUUAGUCCUAGAUGAAAUAAAAGCGUUUGUUAAGGCGGAGGCUGCUGUUGGGGUACUCCACACGGAUGUUAGUCCAACUGUUACUUCGCAUAGAUUAGGUCCUCUAACGUCUCCACCAGUUGAACGAUCGCCACCCAUGUGCCUAUCUCUACAAGAGAUUUUGAUCGUCGGCAAUUGUACCGAUCAGGUCAAGUUUAGUGAAUUAUCAAUGGAUAUGUUUAGAAUGUUGCAAACUUUAGAGCGCGAGCCCAGGGAUGAUCUAAAUCAUUUGCAUGAUGCAUCGCCUGCCGGGAGACUACCAUUUAGGCCAGGUCAUUAUCCUAUGGAAAACGGUGCACCUAGACGCGACAAUCCACACAAAUAUCUUCUUUAUAAACCAACAUAUAGUCAAGUUCAGGUAUUCCUUGCUAGUGGAUUUAAAGAACUGCCAGCAAACGGGGCACUUCUUCUUUAUCUUUCUGCAGAUGGAUGUUUUUCUACUGUUAAACGACCUGAAGAAAUGGGCUACGACCUAGGAGGGGUAUCAACUAGUAGUAAAAGAGAAUUGGAACAUGGGAAAAGGCCGACUGGAGGAAAGGAACCUCACUGCCUUUACCCUGGUGAUCUGUAUCCGUUUACGCGAAAACCUCUUUUUGUAGUCGUUGAUUCGGAUAACAGCUUCGUGUUUCAACAAAUACCUCGAUACUUUGGUCAACCACUAAUGGUCCUAAUGUCGCCCCAAGAUACACCAUCAAAUCUUAGAGAUCUUCGCCACGGUGGUAGCCUUUUUACUUUAUUUCUUCAUGCUCCACUCGCCGCUUUUUGCCUUAUCUGCAACGUUGGAAGUCUUGCUAUUCAUCAUUGGGAGCGCUGCCAAAGUUUCAUAGAACGAUUUCUCAUCGAAGCUAGUCGACUCGUCGUGCGAGCUAAAUGCGAAACCAGUGUUUUACAAUUUUUUGGAGAUGACUUUUUGCGACUCCUACUACUUCGUUAUGUAUUCUGUGAUGUCGUUUUGCACUUACAUCGUUCGUUUCGUGGCAGACAACAGAGACCACGUUGUCAUCCACCUCUACCAGAAGCUGAAGUUCUAGAGCAUCCUAGUUUACAUCAGUUCGUCUAUGAUUUGGCAUCUAGUUUAGAUGCACGAGACCAUUUUCCUGAUAGUAACGAAUUAGCUUGACCCAAGCAUUUAAAGGAGGAAAAUCAAGAUAUAACACCACUGUUGGCUUCGUAUAACCAAGAUUACGAUUAUGAUAACAGCAGAUACAACUAUAAUAAGAAAAUAUACCCAAUAAGACUUCAUUAAACUGUAGAUUGCAGUUUUAUGUGGUCUAUCUGUACAUAUAUAUAAAAGGGACACAUACAUAAACACAAUUUAAGCAGACAUCGUUACCUUUUCAUCACCUUUAUGAACUGAUAUCAAAUAUAUUUCCUAAUUUAAAAAUGCGAACAAUAUGUAAAGUUCCAUUCUGUUUCUAAAAUUGGAUUACAUCAAUAAUAUUUUAAUAACUCUCGUAAUAAUCAUUUUUCAUUAACCAUGCAUAAUUAUAAAUGUCACAGUUAAUUUAUCUAUAUUUGUAUAUUAAGAUAAUUCAAAACUUUUUUAAUCCUUUAGCAUUUAUCAUUAAUUCUGUAAUUUUUUAUUAUAAUUUUAACUCUUAUUUUUGU